CAUGAUCCUUUGCACCGCCGUAAAGCCUUAUGGGCAGGUUACCAACGUCCUUGUCCUACCAAGCGCACACUGGUUGACUUCACGCAAGGGCUUGGGGAUCUCUGUCAUUCAUUUUUAGGCCGAAUAAAGUCUGUUUCUUCAAGAUGAUGGCAGCAAGGUUUCUCCGUCGCUCCCUCCCCGUGCUGAGGCAGGCUCGGUGCUACGCCGAGGCCGCCUCCUCCGCCCCCCAGAUGUCCUUCACUUUCGCCUCCCCAACACAGGUCUUCUACCAGGAGGCCAGUGUCAAACAGGUAGAUGUGCCCACACUCACCGGUGCGUUCGGUAUCCUCCCUGCCCACGUGCCCACCCUGCAGGUGCUCAGGCCCGGGGUUGUCACAGUCUUCAGUGAUGACGGGUCCUCCACCAAAUACUUUGUGAGCAGUGGCUCCGUGACAGUCAAUGCUGAUUCUUCAGUGCAGCUGCUGGCUGAGGAGGCCGUCCCCCUGGACCAGCUGGACGUUGCAGCUGCCAGGGCCAACCUGGAGAAGGCCCAGUCUGACUUGGCCGGUACAUCUGACGAGGCAUUGAGGGCGGAGGUUCAAAUCAGCAUAGAGGCAAACGAGGCCAUCGUCAAGGCUCUGGAGUAGACCUGUGGUAACCCUUUAUGUUGGUUGAAAGAAAUUGAACGGUCCAUCUGUCUGUCCCAGCUCAGUCACGUCAGUAACCGCAAGAUUUCACGCUUGCUUUGUACAGUGGAUGAAACUACAAAUAAAUUUAUUUGGAAUUAG